AUGUCAAAUCAACUUUCAGCCGAGGAUUUAAAGGAGGUGCGAGAGAAAUCGCCCUUCAAAGGCUUGAAGAUACAAGACGAUACAGUGCUCUAUGACAUGCUGCACCGAGAAACAUGUCCAACAUGUCACAAAAAUAUGAAGCAUUAUUGCUACAAUUGCUUUACAGUGAUAGGCAUGGAUAGAUCUCAAGUGCCAUUUGUCAAGCUACCUGUGACCAUCGACAUCAUCAAGCAUGAGAAAGAAGCAGAUGGAAAAACAACAGCACUUCAUGCCAGAGUAGUGGCUGAUCAAGAUGUGGGUGUAUACAAUUGGAAAAAGAUGCCGCAAUACAGCCAGCCUGAACGAGUGCUCAUGCUAUUCCCUGGUCCAGACGCUAAAAAACUAAGCGAAAUCCCUCGAGAUUCAUUCGACCAUAUGAUUGUGAUUGAUGGUACAUGGAGACAAGCACAAAAGAUGGUGCGAACCACACCCAUACUACAAAAAGUGCAGCGAGUGACCAUUGAGCCACGACUCACCUACUUUUGGAGAUUUCAAAAUCUCAGUGUCAAUUACCUCUCCACUAUUGAAGCCAUUUACUACCUCUAUGUGGAAUAUGCUCAAGCUUAUGAGUUGAAAGAGGGACAGGUAUAUGAUGGGCGCUAUGACAAUCUCCUGUUUUACUACAAGUAUCUGUAUGAUUUGAUCCAAUACAACUACUCAAAAGGAGAGAAAAAGGACAAGGAAUUUUGCUGGCGACAUAAAUCAGAUUACAUCAAGGAUAGAGAACCAAGCACUAUCAAGAGAGAUGCUUCGGGAAAAGUAUUGGAUGAAGAAGAGUAUCAGAGAUUAGCCAAGAAGAAUAAAAUGGGUUGA